GAGAAGACUAACGUCAACAAGAAUAGAAAGACAAGGAAACAGAAGAAUCUGAGAAACUGAGGAAAUAAUGUGUUUUUUACACUUUUCCUCGCGUUAAACAUUACAAUGGAGACUUGAGGGGGAGAGAAGCUUAUGUAUAUACAUAAGAUCGUAGUAUUAUUUUAUGUAAAUACAUAUAUUUUUACGUUUUCUUCGGAGAUCUGAAAAGAAUUCUCUUAAAAGAUGAAGGGGUUCCCAUCGCUGGAGCAAAGCACGGAGGCCUUCAAACUUCUGAAGCAACUGAAGCUGCACGCAGAACAGGAGGCGAACUACCUGCCCCGGGGAGCAGGGCUGAGUCUGAUCGAGUCCACUCUGGAGAAUGCCAGCAGCAUCUCGGUCAAACUCAGGGAUGCCAAAGUCGAAGAUCUCUGGAGCCUGACAAAUUUUUUUCGAUACAGAACUCAGACCUUUGUCCUAGCCGUGAACCUAUUGGAUAGGUUUUUGGCAAUGAUGAAGGUCCAGCCCAAACACUUGCCCUGCAUCGGAGUUUGUUGCCUCAAUAUCGCAGCUAAAGUAGUGGAGGAGGAGUGCAAUAUCGCAGCCACCCAUGAACUCAUACGCAUAAGCCAAUGCAAAUUCACCGUCUCGGACCUCAGUCGAAUGGAGAAAAUCAUUUCUGAAAAGCUGAAGUUUCAGUUCCAAGCUGUGACAGCCUUAACCUUUUUGCACUUAUACCAUGCAGUUGCACUUUCACAUACCUCAGACAGGAAAGAGAUGUUGAAUCUCGAGAAACUGGAAGCACAGCUAAAAGCCUGCCUCUGUCGACUUGUGUUCUCCAAAGCAAGACCGUCAGUAUUAGCUCUGUCCCUCCUCACUUUAGAGACUGAAGCUCUGCAGCUCCCAAUUGCCGACAGAGAACUACAGUAUUGGAGAGAGCUCGUGGCCAAAUGUAUGACCGAAUACUCCUCCCCUGAAUGUAGCAAACCUGACAAUAAGAAACUGGUCUGGAUUGUUUCGAGGCGGACAGCCCAGCAUUUGCACAGCAGUUACUGCAGUAUUCCUGAGCUGCCAACAAUUCCUGAAGGUGGCUGGGAUGAGAGCGAAAGUGAGGACUCCAGUGAAGACAUGAGCUGUGGGGAGGACAGUCUGAGCAGCUCCCCCGGCAGCGAUGGAGAGGGACGAUUCUUCCCCGAGCUCUUCCGCUUGCAGGCCAAGCAACGUCCUACCUCAUAAGAGUUUUUAAAACUAAGGGGGCUGGUUGUAGCCCUUGGUGCCACAUCUAAUGUUCUGAUUACAUUUUUAAAUAAUUUAUAGUAUGACUAUCCCACAAGCUUAAUCUUAGAUUUUACAGUGCUAAAAUGGGCUUUACGAAGUGCCUGUUGAUCAAUAUACUGUAUAUUCUUAUGAAAGUCAAGCUGAAAUGUGGAAAUUACAAAUUAUUUUGGCAGCUGACUCUACAGGUACAACUUUUACUGAGUGUUACUUGUUGUUUUUAAACUUAGUUAAUGCAUGCUUAGACUUGUAACAUUCCAGAAAAUGUUAAGCACAAAUAUUAACCAUCAUGCCAUACGCGUCUAUGACUUACAGAAUGGACUGUUAAAUACCAGGGAAAAUUUCCAAACCACGUAAUUUGCACAGUUUUUGGAGAGUUGCCUUUAUUUAUGAAAGGCAUUCAGGAAUAAAUCUGAAUUACACACUUGAUUACUUGUGUACCAGCCAGCUUGUGCAAUCUCUAUCUUUAAAAUAGAAGCAUUCUCUGGAAUGAUUUAUGGUGUUAUGCUUUUCAAGUUUAGUUAACCACUAACUGCCAUCUAAGAGUUAGUAAGAGUUAUAGUUAAAGUACAAUAGAAUAAUUAAAUUUUUUUUGAUGUAUGAAAAUGGAUUGAUGUAUGAAGAUGGAUUUGGUGAUUGAUGCAUUGUGUGUAUGUGUGCAACUUAGUCUCAUUGUAUAAAAUAUUGUAAAUAAAAAUGCACAAAUUUGUAAGCAGUUUAAAAAAAAGAACACCCAGUAGCAUUGUGAAUAGAUUGCUGUAGAUAUUAACUUAUUGCAUAUUGUUUUGUUAAAAAUCUUACAUUUUGUCAUGAUUGAAAAACAUGUAAAUAAACAUACUAUUUUGAAAAAUG